UAUUAAAUACAAGGCCCUGGUUGGAAGUAGCCAUCCCUGUACGAAAUACACAAAGCAAAAGUGAAAAAAGCAUACAAAAAUAAAAAAAGUUCAAUUAAAAAUUGCACCUCUCCAUUGCACAAUUGUAUCAACAAUACCAGGCUAACACUGAAUAUAUUAAGUGCCACAGAUAAAUCAAUAUCCCGAAUUGAAUCAAACGCAGCAUAUAUAAAUAUCAGAGCAGCCAUUCAAAAUGGCCACCAGCGAGAUUUCUAGCUCCAACGAGCGGCACUAUUACGCCAAGCUGGAGGCAAUUAAGGAUAUACGGGACAAGACUCUGGCGUUGGAGAAGCUUAAGGUGCGGAUUAUCAAGGAGGUGAAGCUGAGCGAUGACGAGGAGAAGUGCUUGGACGAAUAUCGAAAAGAAAUGGAGCAUUUGCUGGAGGAGAAGAUGUCGCAUGUAGAGGAGCUGCGCCAGAUACACGCUGACAUCAAUGACAUGGAGAAUAUAAUUAAGCAGACUAAAGAGAAUCAGACGCGCUCUUUCGAUAUGGCUAACCGUGUCUAUGAGGAAUACCUCGCCCUCAAGUAUCAAAUCGACCACAUGCGGCGCGACUACCUUGGUCUCAGUCCGCUGCGCGAUCUGCACGAGGAGGAGGGCAGCCCCAUAUCAAAAGAUCGCUUUCAGACUAAUUUCCUUAAAGUUGCCGCCCAGUCAGCGGCCGCUGCAGCAGCUGCGGCGGCAGCGGCGGCCGUCACACAACCCACAUCUCUGGCGCGACCACACGCACGGCAUCCGCUGAUGCCCGAGGCCACGGUGACGGCAUUGCCGCCGAAUGCAGCGGGCGCCGGUGGCGGCGGCGGCUCGAAUGUGCCCAGUGGAGGUGCAGGCGGGCCAGGGCAUGCAUUUAUGCCACCAGCCCCACCGGGCGCACCGGGCAGCGCUGGCGCUGCCGCAGCCGCAGCCGUAGCCGCAGCGCGUCUCGGAAAGAAUGAUUUCUCGGCACCGCCGCCGCCGCCGCCAACCACAAAUCGCUUGCAGCAGUCACCAUCAAUUGGAAUUGGGCACCAUCCAUCUUUUCGCUCCGACUUUAAUGUGAACCUGAGGCAACAACCGCCCCCAAUGAAGUCAUGCUUGUCCUGCCAUCAGCAGAUCCAUCGCAAUGCGCCCAUUUGUCCGCUCUGCAAGGCCAAGUCGCGUUCGCGUAACCCCAAGAAGCCUAAAAAGAAAAAUAACUAAUUGCCAAUACUCAAUAAUUUGUUUUGUAUAUGUUCAAUCAAAUUGGAAUUUUUUUUUGUUUAAUUUUUUUUUCUUCGUGGUUUUUAUAUAUUAAUUUAUUAACCCAGCGACGCAAUAUAGCCGCACAUUCAAAGUAUUAAAUUUUUUCUCAUAACCAUUAGUCUGUAAGCUGCUAAGAAUUAUAUCCUCAUCUUUUCUGUCAUCUAUGCUAAUUUCGCAUAUUAUCUAUAAGUUAACUCAAUGUAGACAUUCUACAUUUAAUCGAGCGCAAUUACCGUGUCAAAUUAAACCCAAUUACAUUUUUUAUA